AAAAGAAAAUUUGCUGCUAUGAAGAUGCGCCUCCGCUCGACUGGACCCAGUGCCAAGAUGUACACAAUUCUAGUUGGACUGGCGACGCUGUUGCCCGCGGUGCUGGGACAUGGAAGGUUAAUGGAUCCACCGGCACGGAAUGCAAUGUGGCGCUUCGGCUAUCCCAAUCCGGUUAACUACAAUGACAACGAGCUCUUCUGCGGCGGCUAUGCGGUGCAGUGGGAGCAGAACAGCGGACGCUGCGGCGUCUGCGGCGAUGCGUACCAUGUGAAGUCGCCGCGACCGCACGAGGCGGGUGGGGAGUACGCCAAGGGCAUUAUCUCCCGCUACUAUACGGCUGGCCAGGAGAUCGACGUGGAGGUGGAGCUGACGGCCAAUCACUAUGGCCGCUUCGAGAUGUAUCUCUGUCCCAACAACAAUCCGCGACAGGAGGCCACGCAGGAGUGCUUCGACCGGUAUCCGCUGUUCAUUUCGGGCAGUCGGGAGCACCGUUUCCUCAUACCGCGCGACACCAAGAAGAAGGACAUCUUCCGCUAUCGCGUCCGGCUGCCGCCGUACGUCACCUGCACCCAGUGCGUCCUGCAAUGGACCUACUACACGGCCAACAUGUGGGGCACCUGCUCCAAUGGCACCGAGGCCGUUGGCUGUGGCAAGGCGGAAACAUUCCGUAACUGUGCGGACAUCGCCAUCAUCUCGAAUACCGGCGGCGGCGUACCGCCCAUCUUUGUCAACAAUAGGUCGCCCUACCUGCUGUACUACCGGGACUACCGGGCACCCGACGAUAACAAUGUGUUCCCCUUGAUUGUGCGCGAUCAAAAGUGCAUUGGUGCUCCGGCCUUCCGUAUGCUGCCCGGCAUCGACAAUUGGUGCGAGAUCAAUUGCUUGCGCUAUCCGCCCAAUUGCCCGGAGACUGCCUGCCACUGUCCGCAAGAGUGCGUGGCCAUUGGCGAGCUGGAGGGACGUGAAGGCGCCGAUACCUACUGCAUGGACGAAUGCCUCAAUUACAAAUCGGAAUGCCCGCGCGAUAGGUGUCGUUGUUUCUAGAAGGAGAGAGAGAGAGAUGGAGAGAGGGAGAUACAAACACACACACACACACAUAGAAACAGAGACAGAGAGA